AUGAUGGCCUCACUACCCAGCGUUGCAGCAAUCGUUAACGGGGCCAACCUGAAUCCAAGCAACAUACCCCAGGUCGAGGUCCUCUUCGCCCAGUUUGCCAGUCUCUCGCCCGCCGAAAAAGACAACGAGCGCGGAUCCUUCGUGGACAAAGUGUUCCCGCUCUUCUUCGGCGAAAAUGCCGUGGUAGACGGUUCCAGUGCAUACGAAGCUCAGCGCCAAGUCCCAUGGUCGAGCAAUUGCUGGCUGCGACCGCAGGUUGUGCUUGCCAAUGCCGAGAUAGUAAAUGCCAACGCAAAGGAAAACAGCGACUUAUUCUGGGCGCUGAAGGGCGGGGGCUGUAAUUUCGGAAUCGUGACCAAGAUGGAGAUGGAAACAGUGCCUGCAAAGAUCUGGUCACAGGCCAGGGUGUAUGCGCCAUCCGUCACCACGGUCCUGUUACAGGCCCCCAUGAAGCACCAUGAGGCAAUAGAACGCGAUAACAAGUCCUCUCUGAUCUGGAUUGGUAAUGACCAAGGCAUCAUACUUGUCUCAUGCUACUGCGACCCCGUCGAUACGCUUCCGGCUGUCUUCGAGCCAUUUGACAAUAUCCCGUUUGCUUCCCAGAGGCUGGCCCGGGGCGUAUACUCGACGUACGAGCUUUUGGGUGUGAUAGAGGGUCUUGCUGUUCCUGGACAUGUUUGCCAUGAUUUCCGAUCCAUGACCAGCCAGCCAUCGCUGGAGGUCUACGAAGCUGCCGAGAGAGUACGCGUGGAGCAAACCGACGCACUGAGCGAUGUCGAAGGACUCAGGCUAUCGAGCAUAAUCCAACCGAUAUCCUCAAUAGGCAUCAAGCAAAGUCAGAGAGUCGGCGGAAAUCCACUAGGGCUGGAGGAGGUCGGCCAGCAGUGGUUUCUGGUGAUGGCCGAUUGGAAUAACCCUGUAGAUGGAGACCGUGUGCGCCAAGCUAUGCGUCGCAUAGGAGACGCCGCUGAGGCGACUGCAAAAGCCAACGGGACGUAUCUUCCCUACCAGUAUUGCAAUUAUGCCGCGCGGGAUCAGGAUCCAUUGGCUAGUUAUGGGACUGAGAAUGUGGCGAGGUUGAAGGCUGUUUCCUCCAAGUAUGACCCUGAUGGUGUGUUUCAGACGCUGCAGCGUGGCGGAUGGUUGCUUUCUAGGUGUUCUACUGAAUAA